AUGGAAAUACCUGAUGGUGUUUGUAAAGAAUUAAAUCAAGAACUUACUGUUCUUUCUGAAGAUCAAUUAAAAACACAAUGUGAAAGUAUUGUGCAAGAAAUUUGUAAUGGAGAUGAAAUGGAUAGUCGAAGUGAUACGUUAUAUGAGUGUAUUUGCCUUGUCUUUUUGGAAGGAGCAAAAAAUGAUAUUGAAAAAGACCAAUUUAUGGAAGUAUUAGAAGCAAACGAAAUUGGGAAUAAACAGAAAAGAAGUGUUUUAUCAGAGAUAUAUGAUUUGCAUAAGGAGGUGCUUAGGAAUAUCUUAAAAGAAACAACAACAAUAUUAACAAAGAUUAUAGGAGUGAGUUGGAAAUUAGACUUUUUUGUUCGUCCUGAGCAUAAAGAAAUUAGUCCUGUCUUUCUUGUUACACUUAAAACAAAAGAACAAAACAAUGAGGGCAAACUUGACUUUGUUUGCACACAUGAAGAAAUGGAAGAUUUGAUUACCAAAUUAAAAGAUGCACAACAACAAAUUGAACGAUCAGCAAGUCAUGUUUAA